AUGGCACACAAUUCGAACAUCUACGAUGACAAUCUACAUGUCAACGAGCGUCCUUUACCUCCUAUAGGUUCGACUAAACAAGUCAAGUACGAUCCACCAAAACGAACAGCUUUCUGGCUCCUGGUGACCCUUUGUGUGUUAACAAGUGGACUUGCCCUGUCAACCAUCGUCCUAGCAACAGGGUGGACAGAUGGAUCACCGGAUGUCUUCAUUGGAGCGGAUCCGCGAGAGUACAUACAUUGGACGAAACCGAAAUCGUCGGCAGCCAAUACGAUCAAAGACGUCUUCGUUGAAAUGCGAGAUGAGGAAAGGAGAUUCGACGGAAAGACCGUGUCGAUUCCACCAAACAACCGAUCGAAUCCUCUCGUUGAUGUGAGCCGUACAGAUUUUUGCGAUUGUUCAUUGAUUGUGAAUUUCUUA